AUGGGACCGAAAACGAAGAAGGGAGCCGGCCGCAAGGCUAUCGAGCCGGCGAAUGCAUCUACCCACGACGAACGAGAUGACGAGCCACAUUCCGCGCCCACAGAGGACGAUCAACCGCUUUUCUUCUACAUGCCGAACAAGAAGUAUGGCGAGUUCUGCCAGUGGUACAAAGCCGGGUUCUCCGUCUCAAAGACACGCAUCGCCCAGCUGGUAGAUCACUCCUCACAUACCGACGGCACCACCUCCGAUUCCGAUUCUGAAGAACUCAUCUGGUUUAAUUGCGCGGAGCAGUUCAUGAUGUAUUGUAAGGCGGCACGAUUUGGAGACUUGGAACGGCAAAAUCGCGUACUUGCGAGCGACAGUCCCAAGGAGCAGAAAGCACUGGGGAAGGGCACCAUAGGGUUCACGGACGAGAGCUGGGACCAGGUGAAGAGACAGGUAGUCGAAGAAGGGAACAUGGCCAAGUUUGGGCAAAACAGGCACCUUCGUGGGAAGCUACUAAGCACUGGGGAAAGGAUGCUGUGUGAGGCGGCUGGGAGGGAUAGCGUAUGGGGGAUUGGCUAUACCGCGAAGCAUGCAAUGAACUUUCGGGAUCACUGGGGUGAGAAUCUGCUGGGGCGGGCGUUGAUGGCUGUUCGGGGGAGAUUGAGGGAGCAACCAUUGGGAUAUCAACCAUGGGAAGAAGCUGGAGAGGUGGCAAGUUAG